AUGCAUCAACAUGUCGUUGGACAAGAAUUGUCAAUCGGUCGACCGACUCCCAAUAACAGAGUAUAUAUCCUCAACGACCUAGGUGAGCCUGUGCCGAUGGGUGCCACGGGAGUGAUGUGGGCAGGCGGCCGUGGAGUUUCCAGAGGCUACAUCGGCCUAGGUGAAAAGACGGCGGAGAAGUACAAGCCAGAUCCAUUUGCCAAUGACGGAUCAACGAUGUACAACACUGGUGACCUUUGUCGCUGGAGAGCCGAUGGUUCAGUCGAUAUUCUCGGCCGAGUCGACGAUCAAGUCAAAGUAAAGGGUUUCCGCGUGGAGCUAGACGGCAUCUCAGCAUCCCUAGCUUCGGCCCCAGGCGUGUCUCGGGCGGCAGCGCUGCUGAUCGACGGAGAGAUACAUGGGUUUACCACCCCGCGCCGAUGCGAUGCAACCACCACCAUCAAGCAUGUACAGCAACACCAGCCCUACUAUGCCGUUCCUACACACCUCCACCUCCUCGAUGAAUUGCCCUCAACACCAAAUGGCAAAGUCGACAAGGGAAAACUCAGGGCAUUGGCCUUGGCGAAGCAGAGUGUUGCAACGCAACCAUACGAGAAAGAAGGAGUCCAUGACAACCAUGUCGAACUCAAGUCCCAAUCGUCCAUGUCCUCUCUGUCGACUCUGACCGAGAAGAUUGAUCUUGAGCGUGGUCUGCCUGAUAAGACGCUGGCACGACCCCUCAGAGGUCUAAGACAUAGGAUCUUCAUCGCUUACCGCACCCUAUUCAGUCUCAUAGGACUACUAAACUUGGCAGCAUUAAUCUGCGUGGUCGCUCUGCAGCUCAAGGCAGAAUGGCUUGGUAUCAUCACUGCCAUCAACCUUGUGAUCGCAGUACUUGUACGACAAGACGCGGUGAUCAAUAUCCUGUAUACCAUCUUCUGCUCAGUACCAAAACAUUUGCCGCUCGGGAUCAGGAAACGCUGUGCCAAGAUAUAUCACCUGGGUGGUGUGCACUCGGGUGCGGGAGUCUGUGCCACGGCCUGGCUGGUUAUCUCGACGGUACGUGGAACACUCUGCAAUGCAGGUUUCUGCGAGGGUCACGCGAUUGGGUCCUUGGCGACACAGGUCGUAUCGUGGGCUCUAUGCGGGCUGUUAUGUUCCAUGGUGGCUACAGCAUGGCCCUCUUUCCGGAAGCAGUACCACAACUUCUUUGAGCGUUUCCAUCGUUUUGCCGGUUGGACAUCAUUGGGUCUAUUUUGGGCUCGGACAAUUCUGGCGAUCAACGACUCCCGGCCUCAACACCAAGGACUAGGGAUCGCCGCCGUUAAGACUCCAGACUUCUGGCUCUUGGUGGUGGCCACACUCAGCAUUGCCUCUUCAUGGUUUUUCCUGCGCAAGGUUCCAGUCGAGGCCGAAGUGCUUUCUGACCAUGCAGUUCGCCUGCAUUUCGACUAUACCGUUCCCGUGAAUGGUACUUUCACCCGCUUAUCUCGACGACCCUUGAUCGAAUGGCACUCUUUUGCAACCAUCCCCAACCCGCAGCCUAAUCAACAUGCUAAGGGUUACUCGUUGGUUGUCUCCAAUGCCGGCGACUGGACUCGUUCUUGUAUACAAAACCCUCCCAGUUCCAUUUGGGUACGUGGUGUGCCAACAUGUGGUGUGAUGCGUAUCGCAACGCUCUUCAACAGAAUCGUCGUUGUCGCCACAGGAUCCGGGAUUGGACCGCUACUAGGCCACAUUGUCCAUCAAACAUGCCCUACACAGCUGAUUUGGUCUACAUCACGACCAGAAGAGUCGUUCGGCAAAGAGCUUGUUGGCCAGGUUCGAGACGCUAUUCCGGACGCUGUGAUCUGGAAUACGAAGACUCAAGGCCGACCAGACCUUGUGCAAAUGGGCUAUAACCUAGCCAAGAGCUUCGACGCCGAAGCUGUGAUAAUAAUAGCCAACGAGAAGAUCACCAAAAAGGUCGUGUACGGCCUGGAGACGCGCGGCGUGCCAGCUUAUGGUGCCAUCUGGGACAGCUAA